AUGUUGCCCAACAACUUCGUCGUUUCCGGCCAGUCCGGCAUGCCCCAGGGCCAGUCACAAGGCCAGCCGGGGAUGAACAACAUGCUGUGGCUACAGCAGCAGCAGCAGCGCCAGCAGCAGCUACAGCAACAGCAGAACCAGCUCGGUGCCUUCCACUCCCCCCAGGUCAAUGGAAACGGAGGUCAGAUGAACCAGCAGAUGCUCCAGAUGCUCCGUCAGCAGCAACCAGCCGCUCGACAGAUGAACUUCAGUGGCAUGCAGCAUCUCGCCGGCAACAACGCCUCCCCGUUUCAGCAUGACCCCUCUCAGGGUCUCCAGAACGUUCACGCCCAGGUCGGAAACGCCCCGACGCCGCAGAACAUCAACCAGCUCCAGAUGCAAGCUAUGCGCGCAGGCCAGCCCAACGGCAUGUUUUCAGCCCAAGGCGGAUCGAUGAACCGUCAGCUCGAUAUGCUCAUGGCCCACAACCAAGAGAACCAGCGAGCUAUGGGGAACAACGCCUCCAUGGCCAUGGUCCAGCGCGCGCUCCAGCAACAGAGCCAGCUUCAGUCGCAAGGCCCUCAACAAUCGCACCACCAGAUGAACGCGACACAGAUACCCGGUCUUUUCCCCGGGGGUCCCAACAUGAACGCCGCGUCGAUGAACCCCAACCUCGCUAGCAGCAUGCAGCUUGCGCAAAUGCGUCAGCAACAGCUCCUGAACCAGUCCCAGCAGGGCCUGCAAGACUCCUCGUUGCAGUCACAACAGAACGGCGCCGGUCAAGGACAGGCCAGGCAACCAAGCAUCCACGAGAUGAAUCAGCGGGCUACCGCGCUGCGGUCCGGUCUCAACGACAGCGAGGCUCGUCUCAAGAACCUUCAGAACCAGCCGGGGGUCCCGAUGACUGACCAGCUCGCCAUGGAGAUCACGAAGGUUCAGAAGGAGGUCGAGAUGCGGAGACAGGCCCUGAGUCGCGCGUUGAUCAUCAUGCAGAACCUGCAGAACCGUGGUGUGGCAGGCUUUCCGAACGGGGCGAAUGGCAAUGCAGGCGCGGGUGGCUUCCCGAACGCAGCUAUGAAACCGCCCAUGGUGACCUCCCCAGUUCCUCCUCAGCGCAUGGCUGCAGGGCCGCAAAACCCGGGCCAGCCGAAUUGGAUGUCGCAGACCGGCGCCUCCCCCUCGAUGAACAACACUCCUCGACCGAUGCCGCAGAACAUGCGCAUGCCCGGUGGACAAGCGCCCGGUAUCAGCACGCCGCAGCUUCCCCCUCAGAUGACUCCUCAGGCGGGUCAGCACCUUCAGCGCCCAGGGACCACAACUGGACUCAACCCCGGCGGUGCUCCUCUUGGCGCCGGCCAGCCGUCUCAGCCCGGAAUGCCGAACGGUAUGGGUGUCAACGGCAUGAACAGGCAGCAGAUGGUCGGCGCCCCGUUCCAGCCCCUUGCGCGCGAAACCUUCCAGAAGGCGUUCUAUGAUCAGUGGUUGCCCAAGCAUGGCGCGAAGGACCACUCCAUCCUCCACUUCGAAGGCCGGGACAUCGACCUCUACCAGCUGCAUUGCGAGGUCAUCACUCAGGGCACGUUCCAGACCGUGAGUAACCUCCCUGGCCGCGCGCCGGGCUACAUCCCUUACCCGUUCGAGCAGGUCAAACAGAAGGACCUGUGGCCCGUCAUCGGCGCGCGGAUGGGCUGGGUACAUUUCCCCGGGACGGACACCGAGCCGGGCCGCGCGGGGCCCGCGCUCGCGUCCCACCUCGAGCACAUCUACACCGAGUUCCUCAAGGAGUUCGACAACCAAUACCUCCGCCAGCUCGUCCAACACCGGCGCACGCAAAUGGCGAAGGCUGCGGCCGAGAGCGGCGGGGCCCCGCGCGCGCCUCCCGCGCUCGCGGAGAUCGCCGCCAAGGACCCGAAGGUGAUGGGCGAGAUCGUCUCGUACUCGAACCUCUCCGUGCAGGAGAUGCAGGCGCGCGGCUUGCCGCCGAACGUGAUCGCAAUCGUGGACCGCUACCGGGAGCAGCUGAAGCCGAUGCUUGAGCAGCAGCAGAGCUUCGCCAAGAACAUCCAAAACGCCCAGGGCCAGCGCAACGUCUCGAACCCGAUGUUCAGUGGCAUGCCCGGCCAGUCCAGCGCGAACACGCCGAUGGCGAACGCUCAGCAGGCGUCGAUGAACAUGGCCGCGCAGAUGCAGCACCUCCAGAAUAUGCAGCAGGCGCAACAGCAGGCCCAGGCGCAGCAGCAGCAGGGCAUGCAGGCGUCGGGGUCGAUGAUGCCCAAUGGCCAGCAGGUUCAGCAGAUGGCGAUGAACGGACAACGAGGCCCGAUGAUCGCGGGCUUCAACCGCCCCACGCCCCAGCAGUCGCAGGCCGCGAUGGAGAUGGUGAAGCGAAUCCGGGACGAGAACAAGACCCUCUAUUCGAACGCCGCGCAUCCGCUUCAGAUUCCCGACUCGCAGCGGUUACAGUACGGCCACAGUUUCGACCAGCUCUAUCAUCUCGUGGUUGGGCUAGACCAGAACCUCCCGCAUUUUGCGGUCUGCAUGAAGGAGGACGUGAUCAAGAAGCUCGUGAUCAUGAUCAACGCCGUACAUCAGCAGCGUGAUCUGCUUUCCGGCCAAGGGCCUCCGAAGUACUUGAUGCCUCUAGAAUGGGUAAAGCAAAUGAUUGUCCAAGUGCAGCAGGCGAACUUUAUGUUCAAGGGCUGGCUCAAUGGCCGUCCAACUUUCCCCGGCCAGCAGCCCGGGAUGGCUCCCCAGCCCCAACCGCCUCGUCAGAACGGGCAGGCUCCUCCUCUCAGUCAGCAAUCUCCCUCCGCACCCACCCCCAUCGCUUCAUCUCCCCCCGCACCCGCUGCUCGCACCCCGUCCGCGACGUCGCCACCGUUCGUGGCUGGUACCCCUGUUCAAAAGAUUCCCCAGAAGCCGACCCCCAAGUCGGAGUCCGCCUCCACCCCCACCCAUACCGUCAACUCUCCCGCUGCCGCUCCCCAGACCCCCAAGGUCAAGGCAGCAGCGAAGCCGUCGAAGCCGAAGCCCGUCCCCCGCAAGUCGUCGAAAGCGAUCGCCCCCAGUCCAUCCGCCGGUCCGUCAGAAGUCAAGCCGCCAUCAACGCCCGCGGCGGCUCCCGCGACUCCCGUGCAGAGCGCACCCACACCAGAACCCUCGUCAGGCAUGAAGCGUCCGCGCGAGGACGAGACGGGGCUGGCAUCGGGGCAGGCGGUCGCGCCGGCGGCGAAGAAGACUAAGUCGAACUUCGACGACCAGCCGAGCGACGUGCUAGUGAAGCGGGAGAUGGAGGCGGAGAGCAUCAAGACCGACGACGACGCGUCCAAGUUCUUCGAUCAGAUGACGAGCUGGCUGAGCCAGGUCUCGGGCGACGGCGACGACGGGCAGGGCAACCUGCUGACGAUCGCGCGCACGCUCGAAGACAUCCUCCAGCCGUACACGACGAACCCAGACGACAGCGGGCUCGCGCUCAGCUUGCUCGGGGGCGCGUCACCAAAGAUGGGGGGCGCGACGGUGGACCCCGCCGACUUUUUCGACUUUGUGUCGUACGAGCUGCCCGAGGUGGACGCCGGGUCGAAGGCGGCGACACCAGACCUCGUACUAGGCUCGUCGUCAGUGGGACCGAGCCCGGGGUCCGCGUCGGAAACGGAGGCGCACCCGCCAGCGUCGGUGUCGGCGGCGGACACGGCGAAGAUCGCGGAGCCCAAGACGGAGGAGUCGGACUCGAUACCAUCAGACCUCUGGCGGGCGAUCGACGGCGGCGAGGCGGGUUUCUACAACUCGUCGCAGGACUGGAAGUGGGAUCAGCCGAUGGCGCCGGUGGACCAGCCGUGGGCGAUCUACCCGUCAUCAUAG